AUGGCGACGACACCUGCCAUCAAUGGCGAAGAGUUCUCCAUCACAGUAGUGGAGACCACCACGCAGGCUGACGCUGCUGCCGGUGACGAGGUGCCGCUGAGGGAGAGCCGCAGUGAGGUCCGGCAGAGAAGAAGAAGGGAGAGCAGCGCCGACAUGGUGAGGAGGAAGCUGAGAAGGCUGCAUCAGAUCGUGUUUUGCGUUGCCUUCCUGGAGUGGGCGGGCAACGCUGUCGGCACUCUGGCCUUCAUUUGGGCUACCGUUGUCUUGCUUGGCGGGUUCAGCUCUUUGCUGAGCCGCACAGAUUUCUGGUUUUCUACCAUCAUGAUUUUCAUGGAAGCCUCCAGGGUUUUCAUCCGCAACGACGCCUCGGUCAACCAGUGGUUAUUCGGCUCCACGAGGGCAUUCAGAUGGGAAAAUCUCUCUUUCCCUCGCAUGUUUGUGCCACCAAAGUAUGGAAAUAUAAUUGCGGUGAUCAUAGGCAUCCCCCUCAAAAUAUCAUUCUACAUGUUGUUCUCGGUGAUAGCAGCGGUGCUUAUCGCCAACCUGCAGAUCCCGGUGGCGUUCCUGCAGGUUCUGCUAACGGUUCUGCGCCUUCGCAGCCUGCUAGGUCACCGCCACCAUGACUAUCGCCCCUUGCCGCCGGACGCUAGCCCAAACUUGGUUCCAUCCAUCGUAAUCUUCUUCAUCAUGGAGCUAUGCCAAGGGUCAUCCUAUAUCCUGGCAACCAUCUGCGGGCUCAUCUCCCUUCUCCUUCGCAGAUCGCUUGUCCGUGACUUAGAAUUCAAACAAGAGUGGGGACCAAAAGCUGUCAACCUGUACCACCAUCAAGCUUACCAGGCACGCACGGAAAGGGGUCUUUUUCCUUCGGAGAAACACACGCCCAGCCUCACCAUCUUCGCCAUUGAGUCCCUUGGCAACACCUCAAGUGAAAUGCAACAACUUGUUGGGCUUCACGUUCUUCACAACUUCCUGGAACGAUGGGACUCCGAGUCCAAAAACGAGCUCAUCACAGAAAUCAUUUACGGCUCCAAGAAAGCAGUGCCCAGCUUGAUUGACAUGCUCGGCUCCACAACAGUUGCAAUCAGGCUGCUAGCUGCUACAAUCACCAACGAGAUCAGUGGCAGCCUCAAAAUUUCUGAGUUUCCUGGCAUGCUGAAGAUGGUAUCUUCGCUCCUUGAUGCCGAGAACCGACAAGACUCCUUGCUGAACCAUGUAUCUGAAAACAAUGGAGGGAGCAACAUUGAACGUCAGUUGAUCGAAAAACUAAUUUUCAGAAGGCGAAUACACUUUUCCUUGCUGGGCUUGUCCAUGCUUGAGAAGCUUACCUGUGAUCCUGAUAACUGCUCAGAAAUUGCCAAAGAUGGUACAAACAUCAUCACCAAGAUCAUAGGGCUUAUCAUCUACCUCACCGACGAGAAAAUCAGUGGUGAAAGCGAAAUACAGCAGAAAAUGAUGGUGUAUGAUUCUGCUUUGAAGUUUGUGAGGAGACUUGCUGUCAAAGCUGGCAAAAUUGGCAUGAGGUUUCGCCAUGAGUUGUCAGAGAACCCCUUGUUCCUGAACAGCCUCGAACGUAUCUUGGACUUGGAGGACCGCCAACCAGAGCUAUGGGAGCCGGCGAUUGAUAUUAUAGCAAAGCUGGCCUUAGAUGAGGCCGCGAGACAGGAGAUUGGGAGCACCCGAUCCAUUCUUCGCAAGCUGAUGCAUGGGUUUCUUACGCCAGAUGAUGUUACUUAUCUCAGCAGGAACAAUGAUCCUUCUUCGCUGCAAAUGACCGCAGGGGAAGCACUGGCAAAUCUUACAAUAAUGAGCGUGGACAACUGCUGGGCUAUCUUGUGGGCGGAACCAGGGCGACGACAUAGCCUUAUCGAGAUGAUCACCAGCAUGCUUGGAAAUGAGCGCUACAUAUGCGUUGCAGCAACUCUACUGCAUAAUCUUUGUGCAAACUCAAGAGACAUGCUGAUCGACCUUGGUGCAAAUGUGCACCUUGAAUCUGCCCUCACAAAGGUGAUGCAAAUUAUAAGGACCAGUGAAGAGGGCAAACAAUUAGAGGCCGCAUUAGGUGUCGCUUCACAAAUUGGUCAUGUAAUCCCUGAAUACUUUGCCCAGGUUCUUGAAUCAUGUACCGACGCAGCAGCAACAGAACUUGUUGAAAAGCUUGUGGAUACUCUCAGUAACAGGGAACCGAGCCUUGAGUGCCCAAGGAUAAGAAGGGUCCUUGUUGAGGUGGUAAUAUCAAUUGUGGAUCUGAGUCCUGGGUACAUAGAAAUAUUUAGGGAGAAGGGAGCGAAGGGCGCCCUAGACAUGGUUAAAGGAACCCCAUCCAGGUUGGAAAAGUACAUGGUCUUCCUCGAUGGUGAAGGAGUGGUCGCGGAGAGCUUACCUAUGCGCGACCUGGAUCCUGCUCCUGGUCUCCUUGGCUACCAUGUUCUUCACCACCACCGACGCCGGCGGCGCCUGCCGCAACGUGCCCUCCAUGAAAAAUUGAAAAUCGAAGACGCGUGCAAGGUGUGUCCCGGGAAGUCGGCGUACGGCGCCUGCAAGGAGACCCUGCAGUCGGCGCCGGACCCCGGCGAGGUCACCACCUACGUGCUCAUGGUGGCAAGGAAGGCCCACCUCAAGUACGCGUCGACCAUGAACACGAUCAACCUGGACCUCGGAGCCUGGAAAGAUCGCGGGCAGGAGGAGGAGGAAGCCAUGGUUUACUGCAGGGACAUGUACGAGAAGGCGUACGACCUGAUGGCGAGCGGCGCCGCGCACCUGGACGGCUGCGACUGCUCGCCGAGGGCAAGUUCAGCUGGGCUCUUAGCACCAUUGGUGGCUGCCUGA